AUGGAUUGCGGGAAGGGAUUCAAACACAUUGGCAUCUUUGAAGUCGCAAAUGAGAAGGAUGUAAUUCUGAGACAGGCUGGCCCGAACAAAGUUCGUGGAAUAAACACCAAAAUAUUGCAGUAUCCUCCCCGCUACGACCAUUUCUCGAAUCUGAGCAAACUGCUGAAGCUGCACAACAUCCAGCCGGAGGUGUCUGACUUUUUCCAUGAAAAUCUGACGCUAUCUGGAAGAGUUGAGAUACCUGAGUUGGCAGGCGAAGUCAGGGGCGAGAAUGGCCAGCCACAGGAUGGCCACCGCGAGAUCUUCCAUGAGUGCAUCGAUUUGCUGGAAGACGAAGCCAACUUCUAUCUUCGCGAGCAGGUCAAGAAGCAUGGCUCUGAGACCGUGUACCGCAGUGCCUUCCGUGAAUAUUACAUUGGGGAGAUAACCAACAUGAUGGAGACACACUGGCGUCCUGACCCUCGAGGGCAGCAUAUCCGUCGCCAGGCCCACGACCUGUGCUAUCAGGCUAUCAACGAAGUCCCCUUUUUGGCUACGGCGGAGAGAAACAUGCUCAUUCGAACUACGGGGUGUUUCCCAGAGGACACGAUGGCGUUCUUGACCAGCAUGACGAAGACCCGGCUUACGUACCUGAUGAUGAGGGAGAUGGCUGGAUUGAUGGAGGUGCAGGGAAGAGUAGAGACCGGGCAAGAGGAGGACGCUGACAUCGAGAUGGACAUUGCGGCGGGAGUCAACUUUGCUGAGAUCAAGUAA